AUACUGUGCGAUGGGAUUUCUCAUGUAUUUUUGUUUAAUCCUGCGGUUGUAAUAGGAUUAUGGCGGCAAUUUCGACGAGGACACCAUCGUCACGAACUACUUUUACAGACCAGUCCUUUCCCGAUACGUGAGGUUUGUGGUUACUAAGUUUAAUGAACGUCCUUCCAUGAGGUUUGAGGUUAUCGGGCGAGACAUGGGGCCGAGUAGGAAACGUUUCCCCAAAGAUUUGAGUGAAUGCUAUAGUUUUCCCAAUGCGUUAGACUAUAGAGGGAUAAUUAACUACACAAGGUCAGGAACUGUAUGCCAAAAAUGGACUGCUUUCAAGCCCCAUUCUCACACAAUAACUGAUCCAAAUUAUCCUAUGAGGGGACUUGGAGAUCACAACUACUGCCGAAAUCCAGACGACUCCUCUUCUGCAUGGUGUUACACUACCAACCCAAACCUCCGAUGGGAGCUCUGUAGCAUACCGCCUCCUCAAGACGUGUGCAGCGAGGAGCAUGAGCAGCCAAGUAAGAGGGGAUAUAACAAUAAGAUGCAAUCAAGUAAUUUCUACAGCGCUCUUACAAACUUAACAAUAUCAGUCAGCCUCCUCUGGUGCUCUUCAGAAUUCGCAGAAUGCUACACAGAUAUCGAGGCAAGGGACUACAGGGGCUUCAUCAAUACCACUAAGAACGGCAGGGCGUGUCAGAGAUGGGACCAGCAGUCUCCCCACACCCACGACCGAUUAUCUAAAUACCCGGAUGCGGGGUUGGUGGAGAACUUUUGCCGGAAUCCUGACCCGGGAGAUUCCACGGCUUGGUGUUAUACCACUGACCCAGGCAAGCGCUAUGAAGAAUGCAACCUGCUACCGCUGCAAACAAGUUGUACUGAGGCAACGGCUGAAUCAGGUAAAUACUUCCAAACGGCUUGUUCAGAAUUUCAAGGCGCGGCAAAGGCGUGCUGAAGGAACGGCACUAGCUACGCGCAAUUAGGUCCUGCGCGUAUUGCCGUCUUGUGGAUCGUGUCAUACUUGACGUCA